AAAGAGAAGUGGGGAGAUGACGCAUCUAGAGGAUAAUACUUUCCCAUAUAUAGAUUGUACAGUAUAAACAAUUGUAGCCUGCCGAGGGCUACACACAACACAAUGACACACCAGGUUUUAGUACAGGUAGUGAUAGCGUCAGUGGUCACUGAUCAGUCGGUCACUGUGCUGUUAUUGUUCUAAGUAUACCAGGAAGUGGUGCGGAAUGAACCACAUUUCUACAACUUUAAUUUGAACAUUGAGUGUCGACAAACACGACAUGGCCGAAACACUCUGAAACUAUUUGAAGACUAUGUGAAGAGGGCUGGGAACUCUGUAGCGAAACUGAAGAAGUCUUUGGAGAGUAUGGAGCGCCCUGAUGCAUUGGAUGUUCUGCUGGAUGCAAUUCCAGAAAUUGAACGAAAGUAUACUGCUGCCAUGAGAAACAACAACAGGAGGGUGAAAAUCGAGCCACGUGAAAACUCUUGCACGUUUUCCUCAGGAUGUUGUACCGGGAGCUGUGGAGGCUCCUCCGUAGCCAACUCAGGGAUUUCCCAGCACCACCACAACAUUAGCGUGUGUCCGAGUCAGUACAACCACUAUAACUCGCAGCGCUGCCCUGACAUAUCUUCUCACUCCAUACACGUCACUAAGGAACUCAACACGAUGCCUCAUAGCUACCAGUCAUACAACUCAUCAACCGCCAGCGUACCUCACUCAGCGGUUCAUCAACAGCAUACCACGUCUCCGUACAUGACAUCAUACACCAGCUCAAGUGAGACAGAUGAGAGUAUGGAGGUAAACAUUGACGUGGCAGAUCGCUACCUAGGAGACAACAUUCCGAUUGACAAUGAAUCCGAAUCAAAUUCGAUGCCUUGGCCCCGAGACGAUAAGGCUCCUCUACCAAGAACCAUAUUCAAGGCCAUAAAUUACCUUCCCUCCCUAAGUCGAGUGCCUCCUUUACUCAACUAUAACGACAUGCAUGUUGGUAACGAGGAGGUGGUGGAGACCUCAGAACGCAUGGCAGUACAUCCUUCAGCUCCCUUUGGUCGACAAGUGUCAGAGGAAAUGAAUACUAAUCAACCUUUAGUUGAUCCAAAGGGAAUGCCAGCACCCGCUAAUGCCAACUUAGGAUUGAAUUUACAUGUUCGGCCAAAGGAAGGGCAGAAAGCACCUGUGGACAAAAAGAAAUUCUGUAGUCCAAGUCCAACUACUGUUAAUCCCCUUGCUAAACUUCAACAAUUUACAAACUCUCAAUCCUACAUGCCUAAUGAGGAAUACAAUUCCAUCAUGGCUGCUAAAAAUCGUGAAGAGAUGCUGUAUAACCGCAGCAAUUUGGAGGAGGUUCAAUGUCGCCUUCGUGGCGGAAGUGAUCAGGGUGUAGGUCACAGGGAACCACAGACAGAAGAGGACUUCCGAAUGAUAUUCAAUUUUAAUGCAGGUUUCAGAAAUCAUCGAGCUAUGCUGGAACAGCACCAGCAAAUUCAAAAUCAACGCAUUAUGAAGGACAAACCUGCUAUAAAUAAAGAAAUUCCGAAAACUUUCCCACGGUCCAAAUCCAUGAUGCAAUGCACAUCAACGGUAGGAGGAGCACAAGGCAACAGGACAGCAGAGUGUGUGUCAGGGCUGACAAAGUCAGUGUCUAUGCCAGACGACAUGAAACCUGUGGAGUAUCAGAGAAAAAACUUCUGGCAUAUCAAGGUGUUUGUGACCUACUCUAACGACAGUAAGCGCCACAUCCAGAGAGUGCUCAACCUGUGUCGCUGUAUGGAGAAGAACGGUUUCACUUGUUGUAUGGAUGUUUAUGACCAUAAGAUGGACAGCCACAACAAACUAGGAUGGGUUAACCAACGCUUCUCCGAGGCUGACUUUGUACUGGUAUGUGUAUCCCCUAACUACCUGACAGAGGCUACUUGUAUGGCGGAAAACAACGAGAGUGCCCUACAUACUGCGUAUGUCUAUCAACUCAUGGAGAGUGAGAUUCAAAAUGGUGGUGCUGAAAUAGAAACCAGGUUUAUCCCGAUCAUGUUUGACGGGUCACGGCCCGAGGACAUUCCUAAGCUGAUGCACCACAGACUUAGUUAUCAUUGGCCCAAACAGUACAGGGAUCUGCUGUGGUACCUCACCAAGCCGGAGACACGCACGAAGACCAAAGCUAAUAACUAUGUAGAGCAAUGUCCCAGAUCUCCCAAGUCUCCGAACAUCCCAACAUGAAGAGCCUAGUCCGGUCACCUUGCUUUCUGUGUAUAUGUAGGUGACAUUGUAAUAAGUCUGUCAAACAACACACUUAGUGUGUCGAACAUUGUACUUAACACAAGGAGUAAUGUGAAUAAUGUAUAGAAUAGUGUCUCAACUAUGUGGAACAUUAUGAAUGUGAAACAGUGUCAAAAAGAAUUUAAAAGAUGUACAAAAAUAGGUGGAUUUGUAUUCCAAAUUCAAUAGUAUAUAAAACUAUGUGGAGCAAUAUGGAUGUUCACAGUAUGUGGAGUGACAUCUUAUGUUCUCUGUGACAGAAUGUUAAUUACAUUUGAACUUUCCUAAUGAGGGGGAUUUCUUACAAUGGUGAAUAUUUGUACACAGUAGUUCCGCUAUGAAGGGCAGAAUUAACGUAGAGUAUUUCCAGUGAAGAGUUAAUAUUUGAAUAGAUCAAAAUUCACUGUAGUAGGAUAUUGAAUAGUGCCAUAUGUUUGUGGAGCAAUGUGGAACAUUGUUGUUAGUAUGCGAAACAAUGUGGAACAUUAUUGUUAGUUUGUGGAACAAUGUGAAACAAUGUGGAACAUUGCUGUUCGUGUGUGGAACAAUGUAGUAAAAUUUGCAUAACUCAUCAACAACAGUUAUCUACUUCGUGUUCAGGUUUUUAUGAAAAGAAACUUUUAAGGGGUAUACAUAUAGAUUGGGACCAAAUCGUCUUCAAUUUAAUUUAUUUAAGUAUGGGUUGUCAUGGUUUUGUUACAAAAACAAGAUGGUAAAAUGUCCAAAUCAUGUUUGUUGGUUUCUAUCACCUGUGACUUUGACAGACAUUGUAUUUUUUCACUAAGGAAAAUGUUCUAGCUAUGUGGUAAUAACAGAUAUUUCCUACAUUUUAUAUCAAUAUUGCAACUAUGUAACUGAUGCUCAAUCUGUACUACAUGUACCAGUUUAUUCUGCUGUUACUGGGCGUUUUACUUGUGUUUAGAAUUAAGUGUGUUUCAUGCAAAACAUUUAAUAGAACUGCUCAUAUUGGACAUGGGAGUUCCUAAACUCAUUGCUUGACAUGUGAGCCAGGAUUUCCUUAGCUCAUUGGACACAUAAACUGGUAUCCUAAGCUCACUGAUAAACAUGUCAGCCAGGGCACAUAUUCAUGAAACCCUUCUCAUGCUCAAACUCAGAUUUUGCUCUCAAGCCAAAUUUCUUUUUCUGGUGAUAGAUUGAUAAAAACGUAUAUUUUGUCAAUGAUUUUGAAGAGAAUUAGGGCCAAAUAAUGUUUUUGUGAUAAAACUUCACUUUUUUACGCCCGUAAAAUUUGACUGGAGUAUUAUGGUGUGGCGUCGUCCGUCCACCGUAAACUUUUGUUUGUCUGGCAAUCUCCUCCUACAAUUUUUCGAUGGAUGUAUAUUUACUCUUAUUUACCGUGUAACAUGAUUCUAAUCCAGUUGUAAUAAAGAAGGUCUGAGCACAAUAUUCACGCUUGAGCACGAGAAUAGUUACAUGAAUAUGAGCCCAGGUGUUUCUCAGCUCACUGACAUAGUAAGUCAGUGGCUUAUCAACUCACUGAUACUGUACUUAUAUGUAUUCAAGCCAGGAGUUUCUAAGCUGACUGACAGCUGAAUUCUCACCAAAAUGAAACUGGAUUAAAAUUAAAAAUCAUUGCAGAAAUGUCUAUAACUACAUCUAUAUCUUACCAACAAGGAUCAAACCAGUAAAAUCAGUCCUAGAAUAAUUAUAUUACAUAUAUUGUUAACAUUAUCAUAGAUUAUUUGUUAGAAUAGAUGUCAUUACUGUUGAUAUUUUAUUGGAUUUUAUUGAUUGUUUAAGCUGUCUGCUGAUAUUUAUAUAACCUUCAUUGUGAUAUAUUGGAGGACAACAUUGUGAUGUGUCAUUGUACCAUACCACCUAGUGAGUGUUUGGGACUUGUGUUUCACUUACCCAGAUCUAUUUAGUAUCUAUAAACUGCUGCUUGUCUUAAUUGAGUGCAGCAAUCAACUUUUGUCGAUACAGUUGCAUGUAAAUAUUGGUUGUACAGUCGAAUAUAAUACAGUAUAUAUAUAUAUUACUGUAAAAGUACAUAUUUUAGUUGACAAACAUUUAAGCAUAUUUUCGAAUUUUGAAAAGAUUAGCGUAUCGAUAAAGUUGCAACGGAAACAUUAUACAGAUACUUAAAUUAGCGUAAUGUGUCUAGGGCGAAAAAUUGCUGAAAUUAUGCCGCUAAAAUAUGUCCAUUUAUAGUAUAAAUCCCAUGAUGGAUUGGAGGUUAUCUCAUUCACCCCUGAAGACACAUUUGAACUCUUCGAAUUCAAAGGUUGAAAGAGUUCAUUAUGAAUUUUCAGGGGUGAAUCAAGUUUUACUUAGGGGGGUGGGGUCUACACAAAAGGGACAAAUGCCCAUGUAUCUCCCAUGUCUACAUAAUAAUUGACUCAUCUCCUAUUUCUUACCUAUGAUUUGGUAAAAACUGGUACUUGAAUUUACAGUAAUAAUUUCCAUAGGUGUAAUAGAUAAUAUGCAAUGCGACCAAGAACAUAUUAGAAAAGAGUGGAAAAGUAUGGUAUGGCCACGGACUUAGAUAAUCUAAUUCCGUGGGUAUGGCAUCAUGGAGGGGAAUGUACAAUGAAGGAGUGUCAUCAAUGAAUGAAUGUAUAGACUAACCCUGUCUCGUCUAACCUUCACUGUGUUACAGAAAAGUGAUGGAAACUGGAUGCACUUACUUGUUUAUUUCUAUAGCAAAUGUUUGUUUUGGUGAGUAAACAUGCUUGUUUUUGUGAGUAUACAUGUGUUUGUUUUUGUGAGUAUACAUGUGU